ACCAUUGCUUGUCUUUAUCGCCGCGACUUUAUUAAGCGGCGCUGCUUCUCUGCUUUUGUGCGAGUCAUUAAGCGCCCAACCUGAAAAUGAAAAAUUCCAGAAAAAGAUUGAAUUUACUCGUCUUGCAUCAACGUUGAUAACAAAUAAAUAUCAACGUCGUUUAAUUCAAUUCAUUCUUUAUAUGUCGUUUGAAUCAUUGAUUAUUUCAUCGAUUAUAAUAUCUGCUCAAACUAUGGAUUCUUUGUCGAUCUCAGUGUUUGGAAAAACUUGUGGAAUCGGAAUUUAUCCCACCCGUGGAUUCUUUUGUGUGUCAGAGCAAAGUAGUAUAGGAAGUCCUUUCGGAAGUAGUUUUAUGCUUUUAACUAUUGGUUACUUUGUUACUCUGGUAACUGUUGUUCCCUUGGGAGUUAUGGAACUUGCUGAUAAUAUAAAGGUGCAAGUUGCUUCUUUUCUUAUGUUGAUCUUCAUAUUAACAACUUGGAUGAUAACAUUCAUUAUUCAUGGACUCCAAAGCGAUCGUGUUCCGGUUAUUGGUAGGGAUCAAAGCCAAGUAGUUGGGACUAUAUUAUAUAAUUAUGCGUUCAUUACUACAGUACCAAGUUGGGUUAAUGAGAUGAAUCCAGCUGUUUCAAUCCGUAAAUGUGUAUGGUACUCUGUUAUUAUAUCAACCUUUUCAUAUAUUUCACUGGGAAUCUUGGGUGGGAUGGCAUACCAGAUGAAUGCGACAUCAAACAUUAUUGCCGUAAUUAAUAAUUCUAAUCAACGUACUGUGAUUAGUCUUAUUACAACUUACUUAUUUCCUAUAGCUGUGUUAAUAACAAGUAUUCCGGAACAUCCAUUUUUCUAUCCAGCGCGUUACCUUGGAUUUAAUUUUAUUCUUCCAUUUUGGCUAUUUUAUUUGAGUCAAACUCAAAAACCUGUUAAGGAUGAUAGUAAUAUGAAUAAAUCAACUUUAGAAAAGUCCACAAUUUCACGAAAGCCAUCAACAAUUUCUGAAGUUAUCUCAAUAAAAAGCAUUCUUAUGACAGAUGAACAUCCACCAUUUCCAAUUGUUGUAAGUCCACCAUCUCCAGGUCUUAAACCAAUUCAUGAUAGUGGUCAUCUUACUCCACAUACGCCAGGUACUCCAAGACGUAGACGUUCUCGUUCACCAAACAGAUCACGUAGUCGUUCACGAAGUAGUUCUAAAAUUGGUGUAGAUAGCAUCGAAGUGCAUCAAAUGCAUUCACCUGAAAACCAUUUUGAUAUUAUUGUAGUCAAUACAGAUGCAUUAUGUAAUAAUUCAAAAUUAACAGAUUCACCAACAUUUUUAAGUGUACCAUCACCUCGGACAGAUUCACCAACAUUUUUAAAUGUGCCAUCAUCUCGAACAGAUUCACCAACAUUUUUAAAUGUGCCAUCACCUCGGUCUGAUAUUGGGGUUGAAAAUCGUGACCGUGACUUGUCAUGUUCACCAUCUGGUCAUACACUUUCAGUAGCAACAGAAUCUGAUACAAGAGGAUAUUUAUCGGCACCACCAUCUCUUAUAUCUCGUACUAGUUUUAGUCGUCGAAAAUCACCAUCUCGACCAACGAUUGUGAUAGCACCAGCAAUAACAAUCAGUGAUGAAGCAUGUGAUGGUGAUAAAAAUGAUUUAUCAAUCCAUUCUAGUGUGACCUGUCCACCAUCACCUAUAUCCACAUAUGAAGAAAAGAUUAGUGCAAGUUUCACUGAAUCAGAUCGAGUUGGAAAUGUAGAUCCAUUUAAGGCUUUCCCGGGAUUAGAAACAAGACAUAAAAUUCGGAUUGCGAUAUUUAGUGGAGCAUUUGCUAUUUUAAUGGCUUGUGGAAUCCUUACCUAUGAUUUCGUAGAAUUGGGUAUGGGAACUAAU